AUGUCAGCCAUGGCCACGGGGUUUAAGAACGCCUUCCAGGUGCUGACUCCCGUGCGGAAUUUUGGCGUAGGUAAGCGAGUUACACGUGGUAUUUGGUCCAAAUAUGCAGAGCCUUCUUACUGGGAAGUGGUGCGCAUUCUUCCAUCCCCCGACCUCAAACACGGCAAAGUCUUUGGCAGAUUUACGUUUCGUGGCAAGACGGAUUCUAAAGUAAAGCGGAUGAAUGGCGUCUUGAAGAAAGAUUGGAGUUUGAUCGAGAUGUAA